UAUCAAUGAUGGAGUUGUAUAUGACGCAGGUGAAAAAUCAUUGUUUACAUACAUCCCUUUUGUCGAGUAUGAGUCACUAUCUAGAACACUAUUAACCGCGAGACUACGCUUGUCCUGCAAUACACCAGUUGUGACACGUCCUUGAAUGGGAAAUGGAUGAUUCCUUGUCGGAGGAUGGUUCGAGGGAUAACACCACAGACGACCCGUGCCGCCAAGAAGGGGUGGAAGAGGUCAUGGCCUUCCUGAAAAUGAACGUGACCUUUAACCGGUCAUCUUGUCACAGCCAGGAACCCGGCUUCAUCACCUACAGCCAGGCCUUCUACUCCUACUUCACCCCCGUCAUCCUCAUCAUCGGACUCACUGGAAACAUUUUGUCCCUCCGUGUCUUCGUCUCCAGAAAUAUGCGGAAACUCUCUGCGAGCACAUACCUUGCUGCCUUAUCAACGUCGGACAUCAUGGCGCUCGUGUUUUACGUUCUUGUUGAUUGGCUGAGACGGGGACUUCCGUUUUUCUCGGGGAAUCAUGAACCGGUGUUUUUAGAGACGCAUGGCGUUUGUCAAAUAGCUCUGUAUCUGUCCUAUGUUUGUCGAUUUUUGUCGGCAUGGUUCAUCGUCACGUUCACUGUGGAACGAUACAUCGGCGUGUGUCAUCCGUUGCGGCGGAAGGAUAUCUGCGGAAGUAGAUGCGCGCAAAAGGUUAUUGGGAGCCUCGUUGUGAUCGGUAUGUGUCUGAUGAUGUAUAAACCUAUUCUAAGUGGUGUUUACACACUGAAACCGACCAAUGUUCAGCGAUGCACGGCUGAUCCUAACCUUAAAUUUGUAUCUUUCACCCUGGACAGUAUCUUUGCAGUCUCCAUAACUCUUGUGCCAUUUAUGAUCAUCACCGUUCUCAACACCAUGAUCAUCCGAAAGCUGUACAUGCGAUAUCGCCGCCACAAGCAGUGUAAUGUCAUCACGGAGGAGAGUAUCAUCAGAUUAGAGUUCACCAUCAUCCUGCUUGUGGUGUCUUUUGUUUUCAUCAUGCUUAAUCUCCCUUUCUUCUGCGUGUGGUGUAAACAAUUCCUAUUGUCCGCAUCGGAAGUGGUGAUCUUUCCAGGACUCCAAGGAUCUCUGCUCAUUACCAGAGUCAUAUUCUACAUGAACUAUUGUAUUAACUUCUUCCUGUAUAGCAUAACUGGAGCCUACUUCAGACAAGAACUGAGGAUGUUGUUCGUUUACAGGAAUAAAAGAUACAUGGAAUAUGGGAGAUACUCGCGGAACAAUUCAAACACACCCACGCCUCAGUCUUGGGUUUGACAAAGUGUCUAUUUGUUUGCGUCCAGUUCGUGUUGUGCAAACAAAGGAAAUUGUAUAGCUUUAUAUGCUGUGUAUACCACGUGAUAUUGUGAUAUUUUAUUGCAACAAUUGCUACAAGCGACGGAUUGUAAUGACUUGGUGAGACGUCCUCCAAUUGUAUAUGUUGUAUACAACAUGUUGUAUAUUUUCUACCCACAGAAAGAGAUGCAAAAACUGUAAUCUUACAAUUCAUGUCACUUUAUCCAACUACACGAUACAAGUAACAGUUAAGAUUCAAUGUAGUGGUACAAGUGGCCCACUUGUCUAAGGCGUCGCAGUCAUGAGUUCGAAUCCCGAAUUAGCUGGUUAUGAUCUUUGGGCUUUUAUCACGGGUUUCAAAUUAUUUGUAAAUCUGCAUAAGUUUCCUCAAACAUUAAAGCAUACUGUUCAAAGCAGCGUCAAAACCAACUCUCCCACUCACUUAAAUUCGAUAUGUUGACAAUGCUUAGAACACCAAGGACAAAUAACACAAUGGUCUAUCCCUGGCAUCUCUUACAAAUCACAACCGAUCUGCAGAAAAAAAGUAAGAUCCUUUUGUCUUCCCAAAUACACUAGGAACAUAUGGAAGUGCUCAUCUACUAAUUACUUCAGUACACUCGAUUUAUUGUUAUUUUAGAUUCCAGAAAAGUAAUGGUUUGGCGGAAUCAUACCUAUUCUAAGUCAUACUUUCCUUGACACUAAGAUUGGCGUAUUGUUAUCUCGGGAGUGCUUUUGGAUGAUUUGACAGGAAUAAUGCAACAUAUCAGUAUAACGUGACGCGAUCUUUUCUGUUUCCUUCGCCUUUGGCACUGAAACGUUUCUUGUAUAUCAAUCGAAUAUGUAGAAAUAUACACAUGUGUUUCCAUUUCUUGCGCUUAUAAAGCAAAUAUGUUAAUGUUUUUGUUUACUGGGUAGAACAAUAUUUUGAAAACUAUAGUUUGGGGUCGUUAAACACAAGGGAUGGGAAACUGCAGGUGCGUUAAAAGAUGAAGGGUCGGACUUCUGUGAAAGUUGGUGUGGAGUAGGAUGGGGUCACGGAUGAAAUCGUGAAGACCAAUUAUGACCAACCUCGAAUAUCUCCAUUCUAUUAUUAAUAACCAUGACCCAUUUGACAACUUAUCUUCGUUUGGCCAGUGUGAAUUACAGGUAGCUAAACAUAGACAUCCAAUCUAAUCACACUGCUCUUUCGGGAUUUAAACAAGCAGCACUUUCUCCAAUAGUCCCUCAACCCUUGCGUGUCGUAGCGAAUACAACUGGGAGGUAAAGUAGCAUAAGGACAUCACCCGACGUAGAAUUCAGGAAAACACAAUUUCCAAGCAUAAAGUCAUUUAUAACAUCGAGGGUCCGUUCGUAUGAUGCCGCUAUUUUGAAUGUAAAUCUAUACAGAACCCAGUUUCAGAGGAGGUAUUUUGAUUGGUUGUUGUUUUGAUGCUCAUGAGGAGAAGAAUUCUAUGUUAAGAUAGUGAUAACAGUGAUGGAGGUACGUCCGUCACUUCCAAAACAAAACUAAGAUGGCGAAUGGGUCCAGGCUGUAUAUUAUUUUAUAGAAUAAGAUAUGAUAGCCUGGAUAACUGAGGAUUUAUGAUAUUUUGUUUAAUCAUCGAUCGCCCAGUUCGUUUCUCUUCAAAGUAACCUGUUCCCGAUGUACAUGCAGCAAAACUGUCAUUUGGACAUUCCGUUCACCUCCCCAGGUCGCGUUACAGUGAGGGGGUGCCGCUUCUACUCACCUGUAUAUGAUCAAUAUUUAAUCCAGUCGACUCAAAUUACUAUGCUUAUACGCGAGUCUUUAUUCUACGAACUAUUUUGGUUGAAACAUAUUUAUUGUUAUUUACCAUAAAAAAAAGAAAAGAAAAUGGUUCAGAUGAAAAAAUGAAUUGUGAAAGGUUUGUCUAAUUUUCUUUAAAGCACAUUCUGAUCUCGUAUUGCACAGAUUAUUGCAGGGUGCAUUUUGAGUAUUAUCGCUUCUACACAUUCUACUUGCGAUAUGGUCAUAAAUAAUUCACUACAUUCGCUGUAGGACUCAAUAAAGGCAUAGUCGCCGAUUGAUGGACUCCAUAUUUAAUGCAAUUGAAGAUGCUGGCGUCUUCGGUAACUUGAUAGUUGUUCUGUGUCUGGUGAACUAGCAAGUCAUGUGAAGCAGCGACUUAAAUCAGAUAUUUUUCAAAUCCAUAUGUGUGUCUACGAUUCCAUUUGUUUGUUGUCAUGAUUGUUACAAUAAUACUAAUUUAUUACAUCUUUUUCUUUUAGUUACAACAUUAGGUAUAGUAAUAAGAGCACACAGCACAGGUUUAUGGCUUGUGAAUUUGGGGAAGGUCCUAAUUAUACCUCUCUGGGGAAACCAUUAAUACUUAUUUGUCAUUCGAAAUCUCUAAUUUAGACAGUGAUCCAGACCUAUAUGAAUAUUUCAGUCCUGAUUGAAGGCUUCUUUUCGGUCUUGUUUGUCGCGAACAUGAGCUGUUGACCCAAGUUCUCUUACUCCCAAGCUACUUCAAAAUGUGCUUCUUGUCUCUAAUAAAUAGAGAAAUAUUAAUCUUCCAAUAUUUCUUUGGAUGUGAACUGUUUUGCAUUUAUGUAUUUACCAUAUAUGUACCAGAUCUUAAUAUCGAAGUAUGAACCAUUCCCAUACAUGGAAUAGUUCAUUGUUUUCAAAAGAAAUAUACUUCUAUUUCUUCUGUUUUACAGAUCAGUUUAACUGUGUAUGUGUAUAGAAUGCACAUCAAGUUAUUAGUUCAUGCUUCUCUUCCAGUUGUCAUUCUUUAAUCCACCUGUUCAUGUUUUUAUUUGCAUCAUUACUUUUUAAUGCUUAAAAAACGAAUAUGAAUAUCCCCAUAACAGUGACGUUGAUAAGUGUGCACGUAUUGUAUCCAAUACAUUGUGUAUUCACAUGGAUCUGAGAUGAUGGUUUUGACAAAAAUGGAAACAGAAAUAGUUGUAGUUAUUACGAUUGACAUGAUCAGUGGCAGCUACAACCUGACUUGGUUAAGAUGUUAUCUGUGUAUGUCCGGUCAUUUGUUUUUCAUUGAAACACCGGGAUAGGGUAAUUCAUUCCUUUGUGCUGUUUGAAAAAAACAAAGCAAUGAAGCAUAAACGGAUUUUCUUGUCGACUACCUCUUUAGAAUAAUAGGUGUUAAGUGUGAUUACAAGGUUUGUAGGGCUUGGCUGAGUUUAAAAUAGUGAACGGUAAAAUAGACGAACAUCAGUACUAUCAGGAAUCAUCAUAUCGUGAAUCGAUGCACAUAACAUUUGAUCAUACAUAAUAAAAACAAAAUAAUAACUUGUAUUGCGCUCUCAAUGCACAUUAAGAAAGUGAAACGAAGAUAUAUAGUCCAUUAUAUUUAUUAACACAAUGUAAUGUAGCAAUAUAUUCCUGCCCAAACAUCACCAUAGUCUUAAUUCAAAUACUUCAGCACAAUUCACACAAUAGAACAAUCUUGUCACGUUUCACUUGUGUUUCAAUACACAUGACGCUUCGUCAUCAUAUUCCAAGACACUCCGUUCUUCUGCCACUGUAUUCUGCUUCAAGUCAGUGGGUCGAUGUUCCAGAUCAAAGAACUUCCUUUUCUUCGGUGGUAGGCGUCGUCCAGCAGUGUACUGAACAGGACGAAUUACUUGAAUGUAUGUUAACAUCUCGAACACGUUAAAUGUGCUUUGGCGAGGACUUUCUAAGGUUGCCCAUCUCACCCUUCACCCUUGUUGGACAGGAUGUCUCGAAAUGAUUCCAGGAGGACAGCGAAUGGUCUUCCUCAAUCUAGUGGGUUGUAACGCUGUCCUCAAGUUGGAGAAACUUAUAGUCAAACUGCUGAUUCGUCAUAGUGAAUAUGAUAAUACAUUCACGUUGAAUGCUGCCUAUAUACUCUAAGUUGUUUAUUUAUUUGAGCAAAUUCACUCACUAUCUGUCACUGAUACACAAUCCCAACAAUCAUUCCCUCUUUCAAUGUAAAUUCACUCGCUAUUUGAGUGAACCUCGUAUUAAGCCACACGUACACAAGCCCUAUUCGAGUGAGUGAACUAUUUGUAACAUAGCCUCACAUGGAAGGAUUUGCCUAAUAGUGAAAUCUUUUGUUGUGGGCAUUGUAGGAUGUCAUAGAGCUAUAUACAUCUACACAAAAAGUCAUUCAAUUGAGCAAAUUGUUUCGCUGUGACAAGUCAGUGAAAUGAGCAGGGUCUGUGUCCUUUGGAAAAUGGACAAACAUGAGGAAAGUGCGUAUUCACCAUUACGCAAUUCCUUCUUUGUGAGGUUCAGAACUUAUCAGUCAGCCCUCGUUGGUUCACUUAUGUUUCAUUUGCUCCACUUUGAAUAUGUGUCAUUGAAAUGUUAAUUUUGGAUAGAUGGAACCUCUAUCUCUUCGAAUUCAUACCAUAAUUAAUAUGUGUCAUGUCAAUUGCCAUUUCUUGUAGAUAUAUAUACAAUGUGUACUUUAUUGUGUGUAUUAAUAAUAUCAUAACACAUGUUAUUCUGAAAUAUGUUACAUAUAUUUGACACGAAAUUGUUAAUGCUUGGUAAAUAGUAUCAGCUAUAAGAUAUGAAGAGUUAUAGCCACCAAGGUUUCCUCCUAAUGUUUUGCCUAUAAAUGUUAUGAAUUUGUGUUACAUAUCCGAGAUACGUAUGAUUGCUACUGUUAUGUUAUGGUUGUACGUGUUCCUCCGACGGCAGGUCUGUUGGUUAAUUUUUUAACACAUUUUUUCACUUACUUGUAUGAAUGUCGUAAGGUUAUGUGAGUUUUUAAAUAAAGGUUAUGGUAAAAGUACUGAAUUGUCACAUUGUUGUAAUAAUGCCAUAUCGUCCAAUUGGGAUAUUUGGUUUGUACAGUUUUAUUAAAUAGACUCAUUUGACCAACAUCAUGUGUAUCACUAAUCGCAAAAUUACCCUUAUAGUACACGCAUCUGUUUUCAUUAAACACUGGGACAUGCUGUCUUCUAAGCCGUCGCAAUUUGCUAUGCAGACUGACGCCACUUAGUGUGCAGGGAAACCUAUGAUCAUGGAUUUGAAUCCCAAAUCGCUCUGAUUAUAUUUCUAGGUUUGUCAGCACCAAGCCGUGCUCGUGGGUUUCAUCAAAGCUGUAAACGUCAAAGACCUGCAUCACUUCGGGAUUUCCUUCCACAUUAAGCUGACACGCCGUGAUGUAACUGUAAUACUGUUCAAAGCGGCGUUAAACCCAAAUAAUUCACUCAUUAUUUAAGUUAUUGAUUAUUAAUAUUGUCGCAACUUAUGAUCUGCUUCGUCAGAAUUGAAAGGUUGUUCGUUCAUGUCUGUGGUACUAUUAUCUAUACAACUGAGAUGUUACGGGAAUAGAAAUAAAUGAGUAUUCUAAUAUUGAUCGUUAUCUCAAUACGUGAGAACGUGUCGGGGAUAUUGUGUAGUUUAUGCUUGUUUGUCACGUUAAACUGUUCAGUAGCGUUGUUAAAGUAUUUAUUCUGUGAUAAAACGUAUUAUUUAUAUGACAUUGUUAAGUGUAAUAAAACAUAUAUGUCAAAGAAGUGUCACUUUCUAAGUUUCCCGAAGAAAACAUCUCGAUGGAUAG